GGAGAAACUUCGCGAGCUGCAGGCGGCCUUCUCGUUGCCGAGUCUAGAGGAUGCAAUAGACAUGCCAGCUCACUGAGAGAUAUGAAGAACAGACAACACAAUCCAUCCCCAGCGAAGAAAUUCCAAGCAGCAGUAGGGGAAUUAGCAGGUGAAUAGUACAAGUCACCUUUGACCGCAAAUUCAUGGAGAACUUGGCCUACUCUGCUGAUUUGCUCGCUUCAGGCACACCAGCAUGCUCGAGUGUUUCCACAACCAUAUACUGAUGUAUGCUUCCAAGCGGUAUUCCUUUGACUACCCAGCAAACCGGGCAAGGAAUUUGCUUGCGGUCAUCGACUACAUGGCACACAAGGACAGGCCCGACCAGAUUGAUGAACAAGGCAAUACAAAAUAUGUUGCAGUAUGGUCAAAGCGUGCCAACAACUACGUGGCCCGGAAGGAGAAGGUCCCCAAGACCUACCCCUACAUGUAUGUACAAGGACUCAUCGGUGCGAUACUGGAACGCAGAGAACAGGACCAAGGACCACUGUUCUCGAAGGCUGUUCUGCUCCCUGAUGACCCUAGACACACAAGGCCCCGGCUUGCACCAUUUCCUCCACCACAAGUUGAUGUGAUCCUAGCCAGGAGACUAGGCCGAUUAGAGAAAUCCAUGUAAUCCUCUGUAGUGAACAUUUGGGAUUGUCUGACUUGAGAACUGCUUUUUUUCGAGCAGAGACUAAGGGAUCCAAAUGGCGUCCUUCCGUCCAUCCUCCGUGACUGUACACAAAUUUGAAUGAAGUCUAAUGUGAAAUCUUACCUGCAAAAAUCAAUUAGGGUUGCUAACUUUCCAACCCUGCAUCUGUUUGUAACCAUACUUGAUUGGUAGAUGCCCUUUAUUGGCCUCCAUGAUAUUCUGGAGUUGAAGGUCACAUAAGUAGGUCAAAGGUCAAAUGAGGUUCAUUGUUGCAUGAUUGCAUGCGAGACUCUUAAUCGCCUCGAUUUAAUUUGUCCAUGUGGCAUGUUUUUAGGCUAUCUUGAGGAUUGGUUGGAACUUAACAUUUUGGACUCAUUUGGUUGCUAAUGAUUUUGUGGUCCGGAGGUGAAAGAUUGCAUGGCUUAGCAUUACGAGCAUGUAUUCUUGAUAUGUCAGAGACCCUUUGACAAAAUACCACCAAACUUGAUACUAGAGUGUCCCUGGGGAUCAUGGGGAUGUGGUUAUCUGGAGAAAAAAAAUCACAUAACACAUGAUAUACAUGUACCAGAAAUAAAUUGUUAUUGUUGCUAGAUUAGCCACCAUGCUUGGCACUUGUAUAUUGUAUUACAAUAAGAGGUUGGCAAGUUUACAAAUGGAAGAAAUGUAGGAAUAUAAAAGACAAAUUGUGACAUCAGUGUAUAAAAGCUCUAUGUGAUUUAUACAAUUCAUAAUUUGUGAUAAAAUCAGUGCUUGCUCAUGUGGAAAUGGUGGAUAUUUCAAUUUGUAUCUAUUUGGCAACCUAUAUUCCUUGAAGAAGUUACGGUAGUAAUUAUAAAAUUUACAGCCAAGAGGUCAAACCAUGAGUCAACAAUGUGUUUGGUUUUAGUGACUGUGCAUGUAACUGAGGUGACAGUCGAUCAUGAAAAAGACUAUACUUCGGAACCUGUUGAAAAUCAACAUGGACAGAAGAAAGAUUUGUAGAAUAUCUUAUUGUAAAUAGUCUUCAUUUUUUGUUUAAUGCAAUCAAUGUGACUAAAAUAAUGCAAGCGAAAAAGAGAAAUGAUCACAAGACAGCAAAACAGUUGGUUUCAUGCAUCAUUUGAAUCAAUGAACGUGAAUCAGCUCAACGCCAAAGUAUUGCGGUUCAAGGUUAUACCAUCAAGAGAUAUGCUGCCUGUAACUACUUUGUAGUUUGAAAGGGUGUAUAAAGGAAUAAGGAUACAGUUGGGCAGGCGAGUCUUUCUGUUGGUCUAUUGUAAAAAACUGGGUCAAAUUUUUUCCAAUUUUUUUGCAAAUUGUAAUAAAACUUGGUAUACCGAUUGACCCGAGGGUGUGCAAGACACAUUUGUUGUGUCUGUCUGUUAAGGUACCUCCAUGGUAACCAAGCUUUGCACAAAGAAUACAAUUUUGUUUUAAUAAUCUUGUGGAGCAUAUUCUUUCCAAGUUUUAGCAAUUUUAUAGUUUUGGUAUCUUUGAUGAGGCAUUAUAAUAACAGUAUAAAACUCAAUGCAUGUGCAGUGUGUAAAAUAAGUAUGUGAGCAAACUAUUGGAAGUAGUUUGAUCGAUUCAUAUGAAACUCAGUACACACAACGCAGAAUUGUCUUUUGUGUGCGUAUAGGACAUGACCAGUUUUGAAAUGUCUGUGCUAUUUUUUUGAAAAACCUUAUGUUGGAUGUUAAUCACUUGAGGUGAUAUUCAUAGUCGAGCAUUAGGGAAGAUGAAAGACAUAUAUGUACCUAACUAUACUUAAUUUUGUGCU